AUGAGCGGGAUCUGGGGGAACGGAGGGCCUCGGUGCCAGGCGGCGUUCGCGGUCCUGGCCUCUCUGUGCCGGGCCCGGCCGCCCCCUCUCGGGCUGGACGUGGAGACUUGUCGGAGCUUCGAGCUGCAACCCCCGGAGCAGAGUCCGAGCCCGGCCGACUCAGGCACCUCUGUCAGCCUCCUUGCAGUGGUAGUUAUUGUGUGUGGUGUGGCCCUGGUGGCAGUUUUUCUCUUUCUCUUUUGGAAGCUGUGCUGGAUGCCCUGGAGGAACAAGGAGGCCUCCAGCCCUUCUUCUGCUAAUCCUGCUUCAGAGACCCUCCAAGGCGCCGGCUCCAGAGGCAACAUGGCAGAUAAGCUGAAGGACCCCAGUGCCCUGGGCUUCCUGGAGGCGGCUGUGAAGAUCAGCCACACUUCCCCAGAUAUCCCAGCUGAGGUGCAGAUGUCGGUCAAGGAGCACAUCAUGCGUCACACGAGGCUGCAGCGACAGACCACAGAGCCAGCAUCCUCCACCAGGCACACAUCCUUCAAGCGUCACCUGCCGCGGCAGAUGCACGUCUCCAGCGUAGACUACGGCAAUGAGCUGCCACCAGCAGCGGAGCAGCCCACCAGCAUCGGCCGCAUCAAGCCUGAGCUCUACAAGCAGAAGUCGGUGGAUGGGGACGACGCCAAGUCUGAGGCCGCCAAGAGCUGUGGCAAGAUCAACUUCAGCCUCCGCUACGACUACGAGAGCGAGACCCUGAUUGUGCGCAUCCUGAAGGCCUUUGACCUCCCUGCCAAGGACUUCUGUGGAAGUUCUGACCCUUAUGUCAAGAUCUACCUCCUGCCUGACCGCAAGUGCAAGCUGCAGACCCGGGUGCACCGGAAGACCCUGAACCCCACCUUUGACGAGAACUUCCACUUCCCCGUGCCCUAUGAGGAGCUGGCUGACCGCAAGCUGCAUCUCAGUGUCUUUGACUUUGACCGCUUCUCCCGCCAUGACAUGAUCGGGGAGGUCAUCCUGGACAAUCUCUUUGAGGCCUCUGACCUGUCCCGGGAGACCUCCAUCUGGAAGGACAUCCAGUAUGCCACCAGUGAAAGUGUGGACUUGGGAGAGAUAAUGUUCUCCCUCUGCUACCUGCCCACAGCAGGCAGGCUGACCCUCACAGUGAUCAAGUGUCGCAAUCUCAAGGCGAUGGACAUCACAGGCUACUCAGAUCCCUAUGUUAAAGUCUCCCUGCUGUGUGAUGGGCGGAGGCUGAAAAAGAAGAAAACAACCAUCAAAAAGAACACCCUCAACCCCGUCUACAAUGAGGCCAUCAUCUUUGACAUCCCUCCAGAAAACAUGGACCAAGUGAGCCUGCUCAUCUCCGUGAUGGACUACGAUCGAGUUGGCCACAAUGAGAUCAUAGGAGUCUGUAGAGUGGGGAUCAAUGCCGAAGGCCUUGGCAGGGACCACUGGAACGAGAUGCUGGCAUAUCCACGGAAGCCCAUUGCACACUGGCACUCCUUGGUGGAGGUAAAGAAAUCCUUCAAAGAGUGGCAGGGCCGAGCUGCCAGCUUCGACAGUGAGAGCUCAUGCCCAUCUCCGAAACCACCUCCGACACCAUGAGCUGCACGGCGGAGCCGACGGGACUCAGCAAUGUUCUUUUCACACUUGUUUCAGUCGUCUAAACGCAGUGUUCGUGCAGUCUCGGUGAUGGCAGCCGCAGCAGCCACUGCCUGCCAGCCCGUGGUCUUAACUGCUCUCGUGCAGGACAAGGCCCCGACACUUUUCAUGUGUGAUCAGAUCUGUCUUAGUCUUUUCUGUCUCCCAAGGUGAUGUUUUUGUGGUUUUUCACUUUGUUUGGGUCUGCUGUCAAGAAAGAAAGAAAAACGCAAUGAUUAGAGAUACAAAACAAAGAGUUGGAGGGCCCAGAAGUCGGUUCUGGGAAAUACAGUGUAAAAUAGCCGUCUUGGGGGGGAAGACAGACUGACUCUCUGAAAUUUUGUGCCUCCACCUAAUGUUCACCCCUGGAGAAGGCAGACUAGGAUGGGGCCAUGGCUGUACCGUAGUCUCCUGCAAGAAUGGAACCUGUCAAUCUAGGAGCCUUUCUGAAGUGAAUUAUUCUUCUUGGAAGCUCUUCACUGCUGGGACACAAGCCAAGAUGUGGCCCUCUUGUCCCAUGUUGAAAUCAUGAGACCUCUGCCAUGUUUGUGACUCUGUCGGGGGAUCCCUGCUCCCCUCUGUUGGCUUUCCCCAACUGGAAGCAUUUUGAUUCCUUGUGGGAACUUAGUCAUUUUCGUUAGGAGCAAUCUCGCUGAAACCACCCAUGCCAUAUGCUUUCCGACACACCACAGUUAAUGAUCACAUUUGUUUGAAAACAGGAUCUUGGUUCUCAAAAAUAACCUUCAUUGUAAAGAAAGGAGGCGCAUAUGUUCCAGAAUGAUUCCUGUGUUAUACAUAGCUUUAUAAUUCCACGAAGUACCAAGCCGCUGUUUAAAAUGCCUAAACAGAACAAAGAAAAAUCUAGAUUACAUGUUCUUUUCUGAAAUGGGGCAUUUUGAAAUCCAAACCACAGUUUUGAGUCUGUCUGUCUACAAAGAGCCUUCUCUUAGUUGAAACCCAGACAUCCAGAGACUAGUUCAGCCCCAUAGACUCUGGGACAAUAAUUCACUUUAAACUUUAGUUCUAUAAAUGAAUAAGUAUUCUGUGUAUUCUGUGUUGUUUGUUUCAGUCAUAGUGAGAAGAUCUUUGCUUGUUUGUUUGUUUGUUUGUUUUCCCAUUAGAUCUCUACCUUAGGCCAAAUUCAGUUUAGGAAACAAAAAUGAAUGACUGUAUUUAUAACAGCACAUUUCUACAGAGUGCUAUGGCCUUCCUCCCAGGCCCUGUAACUAGGUUGGUCUGAUCAGCCUGAAGUCUGAACAGCACUCUGAGCACACGAAGGCUAGUUUCUACUCCAACUUGUGGCUACACAGUACCGAUUUUCGGCGCUGUAGGACUUUCAGGAAAAGGACUUGGAAUAGUCCUUCUUUCAACAACAGAAGGUCAAGAACACAAAGGCUAUCCUCAUACCUCGUGUCUUACUCUCUACAGAUGCCCCAUGCUGUAGGUGUAGCUACUUAAUAAAGUAACCCUCUGAUUUUUAAGUCAAGCCACCAGGUUUCUCUGCUGACCUAACUUGAUGUAGCGUCUGCUUGCCAGAAGAAUGACCAGAUUGGACAUGAGCCAACAGGGUAUUUGUGUCAAGAAAAAUGGCCCACUUUUCUAGUAAAAUGCAGAUGAAUCGACAUUCCACCGAGUAUGAGCCUUAGGCUAGGAGCUGGUUUGUACAGAUGGAUUUUCUCCCCAAAUAUCUUAGAAUUGAUAAGUCUUUCUAGCCAGGGAGUCCCCUGCCUGGACAUACUCUUGAGAGGGAGAAAACCCACAAGGUCAUGACCAGAGUAUCAGCAAGCAAGUAACUUCCUUGUGUUUCUUGACCCUAGAUGGACCCCACUAAGGUGACUGCUAAGGACCCCGCAGCCACACAGCAGUGCAAGUAGGAAGGGGACAGUUGAGUUUUCUGGGUCAUAAGGAGCACAGAAGUUAGUGUGAGUCUCCAUCCUCCCAUAAGAGGGUUCCAAAUGUAUGCCCAGCUGCCACCCCUAAACCCUUAGGCAGGUGGGAUGUUCCAUGAUAAGCUUUUAGAGAGGAGGGUGUGGUCUGUAUGAAUCACGGGAUGGCAACGGCCUGUCUGAGAGACCCUUCCAUGUCCCAGCUACACAUUCCCAGAAGUGAACAUCCCAACAGUUUCAGGAAACCAUGCCCUGGUUAUGGCCAGCCCUCUCGUCACCCGAGUUGACCACUUUGACUCCAUCAGGCAUGGAAGCCCACUCCAGAAAGGUUUCCAGUUCCUGGGUUUCCCUCCCCCAAGUCCUCACCAAGAGCGGCCAGACCAUUCCUUCUCGUCCUAGAGCAUGAACGAUAGGAACAGGCUUCUCUUAUUAGCCAGGAUCCUUCCCUCACGGAUGAGAAUUAACGGAAAUCUGUUGCAGAAUAAACUGAAAUUCAACGUUGACUCUCUUGUUGGCAUCCCCUGGUACAAGAAACGCUCUGUGGGUGGUGGGCUUUGCUGACGCUGUGAUAACCAGGGCCAUUUGCACAGAGGUUUGCUGAAGGCACCAGGUUCUCCUCUCCUUUAUCUAGCAGUGUUUCUUGGCUGAGAGAUGUUCCCCUCCUCUUUGCACUUACCCGGGAUGUUAAUUAAUUGUAUCAUCAUUUAAAAAAAUUAUGUUGUUAAUUACUGCUUUGUGUCUUCCCACCCCUGUCACAGCCUGGAGUUUUUAUUCAAUUAAAUCUCUGUCUUU